UCUGUCGUGUUAUGGGUUUUUUUUUUCUCUUCCACAUCUUCACUUUACUUUGGCGUGGUUGUGCGAACCUGCAGUCUCAUGCCACGGCGUUUGGUUAAAGUGAAGCGGGUUCUUGUGCAGGUCUGGGUGUAACCCUUGUGUGUGUUUGUGCGCUCGUGUUAAGAUGUCGUCGGCCCAACAUGACGGGACCUUCAGUCAGCUCAAUAAGUUUGAGAAACUGUCGUGGAGGCCCUCCGUCCGAGACUCAGGCUCUAAGAAGCGGGCACGGUGGCUUCAGGCUCGACGCAUCUUCUCCCCUUCCUGCCCAAACCUGCGGAUCCCCAACAGGUUUCUGAGAGAAGGACACUGUGUACCCCCCGCCCGGAGUGGACACCGCUGUGUUGCAGACAGCGCCAACCUGUAUGUGUUUGGAGGCUACAACCCAGAUUUUGAGGAAGCAGGCGGGUCAGAGAAUGAAGACUACCCUCUUUUCAGGGAGCUUUGGCGGUUUCAUUUUGCCACAGCCACAUGGCAACAAGUCCGCACAGAGGGUUACAUGCCCACAGAGCUGGCCUCUAUGUCAGCUGUUUUACAUGGCAACAACCUACUUGUGUUUGGUGGCACUGGGAUUCCAUUUGGUGAAAACAAUGGCAACGAUGUCCACGUUUGCAAUGUUCAGUACAAACGAUGGAACCUGCUCAACUGCAGAGGGAAGAAGCCCAACAAGAUAUACGGGCAGGCAAUGGUCAUCAUCAAUGGCUACCUCUAUGUGUUUGGAGGGACGACGGGCUACCUUUACAGCACUGACCUGCACAGGCUGGACCUGACCACCAGAGAAUGGGCCCACCUCAAACCCAACAACGCACCCUCAGAUCUACCUGAGGAGAGGUACAGACAUGAGCUAGCUCAUGAUGGACAGAGAAUAUAUAUUUUAGGAGGUGGAACUUCCUGGACAUCAUAUUCCCUGGACAAGAUUCACGCAUAUAACCUAGAGACAAAUAACUGGGAGGAAAUAAUCACCAAACCCCAUGAAAAAAUAGGAUAUCCCGCUGCCCGCCGCUGUCACAGCUGUGUGCAGGUCAAAGAUGAGGUGUUUAUAUGUGGGGGUUAUAAUGGUGAGGUGAUCCUGUCGGACCUGUGGAAGAUCAACCUGCAGACUUUUCAGUGGAUCAAGCUGCCUGCCAUCAUGCCAGAACCAGCCUACUUUCACUGUGCUGCAGUCACUCCAGCUGGCUGCAUGUAUGUCCACGGUGGUGUCGUCAACAUGUCUGGGAACCGAAGGACUGGUUCUUUGUACAAAGUGUGGUUGGUGGUGCCCAGCCUGCUGGAACUAACCUGGGAAAAACUGCUGAAAACUUUCCCUCACCUAGCCCAGCUGUCCACCCUUCAGCUGCUCAGCCUGGGACUGACACACACACUAAUUCAGCGGCUCAAAUAGAGGGAGCCCAGAGACUGAAGGAAGCGGUAUGUGAUGGCACAGCACUGACUCUAAAAUCACUGAAAACUAGGCAAAAACAUUCUUAAAAGAAAAUCUGAUGUCAGAUGGUAAUGAAAAUACUUUGAAUGCCUUUUAACAUUAGUCCUAUGUAAACGUGUGCUUUUUUAAAAAAAUGCUAAGUGCAAUGUUUUUAAGUUUCUCUGUAUGUGAACGUGUCAGAUAUUUGUGCACGUAUCCAUCAGAAGCCAUGCAUCAGUGUGGAAUCGCUGUAUGCUGAUGAUUUCCACUUCCCUGUCGCUCAGAGGUAUCUUGUGCUGUGUCUUAUGUUUUGCACUCCUCAGCGUUUUCUUUUUUUAUUUAUUUUUUUUAAACUCGCAUCAUUGUCACAGAAAGUUAUGGAGCAUGAGCAGGAAUAGUUAAAUGUUCCAAAGACCACUUUCACCACUUGAAAGGCAAAACGAAUGUUGCUUCUGCUCGAGUCAUUUUAGUUUCCGUUCAGAGGAUGAGAUACAACUGUUUUGUUGUUGCUGAAGUGGAGUUGUGUUGCUGUGAGUCAGCUGCUUUUACGCCCACUGUGACAUAGGGAAGGUUUAGAAAUGACUGUAGUUUCCAGCAGGAGAAAUUUGUGAGCAGUUUGCAUCCUGAGAGACACUUCCAUUCGGUUAGUUAGGGGUCAUGUAGAUUUUCUGAAAAAGCAGCACAUUGCUGAUAAUGCAUGUUAUAACUGUGAUACCUCCUAACAAUCUAACUAGGUCAAUUAUUUAAGGCAUUGUGUUUGAGCCUCAAGGAUUGCAUGCUAACAUUGAGCUGUGAUUAUAACGACGUUCAAAUUGAAAAAUGUUCUCCUCACUGGUCACAUUAGGCCUUGUGAUCAGACAAAAACCCAAAAGCCUCUUUAAAGCAUCUGUGACAUUGCAUCACUGUGAAUCUUCUUGUGCCUCUGAUUCUUUUUUUUUUGGGAAAAAUGAAGCUCAGUUAGAAGUUAGAAAUGAACUUGCACACCUGUAGCUCCACAGCGUUUCUCAAGCCUUUUUAUUUCUUCAUCUGGUGCCUUCUGAAUUUUUAAGAUUUCAUCCUUACUCUCUCUCAGCUGUGUUACAUGUAGGCUUUUUUCCUCCAUGUGAUUUACCUGGUGCUUUCCACAUGAGCCUUUUGUUGCUGAACUAUUCUGCUCAUGAUUAAUCAGGAGAUACCACAGCAGCUAAGGAUUUUUCAUCAACUUAAACCCAUAGAGACAUUUUACUCAUGUAAAUCACUAUGCUGCUGUGUUUUUUUCUGUUUUUUUGUUUGUUUUUUGUUUGUUUUUUGUUUUUGUUUAGUUUUUUUUUUGUUUUUUUUGUGUUUUUUUUUGUGUUUUUUUGUUUUUGUUUUUUUUUUACAAAACUUUGAAUUGUAGCAGAUUAUGUAUCUACAUUUUUUCCCCCACCUGAUUUCACUAUCAUUUCAGUUCUCACUUUAUGCCUAAACCCCAUUUUAACCUUUUCAUACAUAGGCUCUAUUAUUAUUAUUGUUUUUUUUUAAGUUUAAGUUUUGGUUUGGUUUCUCUAGAGAACGUUGAGCUAUAGUGCUGUGGUACUUAAAAAAAUAAGUGGGACUUGGGACUUUUUAAAAAAAAAAAUAGCAACAAGGUAUGAGGAGUAUGUGAGGCGUCCUCAGGAUG